ACAUUUUCGCUAAGGAAAAAGUUGUUUCAAAUCACCUCCCGAACCACCCAUUUCAAGGUGUUACAACAUUUUUGGGACGCCCUGUAUAUUUGUCGCAAAGCGAACGAUAUACAGGGUGAAAGGUGCCAUACUACUUUUCAGUUGCCCAAAUACUCAGUCACGACUCUGUUCACCUGUCUCUACGUACGAUAAACAUCGCAACGGUGUACAAAUCGGUUUUCGAAGCGCGCGGUUGGCCACGUUAACGAGGCCCACUGUCCCCACGAGCAAUUAAAAAGAACGAUCAUUAUUUUCGUACGGGGCGCGGCGCCGUUAACGAUCUUCACGUUUUCUAAACGAUUUAAUUUGCACGGGGACGAAUUAAAUCGUUUCUUUCGACGGGCCAGCGAUCAUUUCACGUUUCUCUAAUCGUCGACGGAAGGAAAAGCUCGACGUCCUUCGCUGGCGACGAGACUCGCGUAAAUCGCUGUCCGUUGCGCUUGGGCUUUCAAACUUGGACGCGACACAAUCAACGAAAUUUCAACUCUGAGCACAUGGCUGGUGUCGGUUGUUUAGGAUGUAUUGGCUGCGAUGCUGGGCGCGUUUCUAGGACGAGACAGAGACCCUAAUCAGAUUUAUUCCAUGGCUAAAAACGCUUCCGAGUUCAUUAACAUAGUGGUGAAUCUCCUGGAUGCGUUGAAGACAUCGUUCUCUCACCGUUCGUUGGCGGCUAGAUCCAUGGGAAAGCGAGACACAAUCUCCGAGGCUGCAGUCACGACACUCACUAUGCUGAAGGGUUACGUGAGGUCGCUAAAGUCUUUUAACAACGUUGGACGCUCGGAGGAUGAAGGUCAACGCGGUUGCGCCGAAAGAGCUCUUUGUGAAGCGAGUGCAGAGUGCGUUGCCAAAGCUCAAGGCACGUCGUCCGUCUUCUGUCAAUUUGGAUCGUACGCGACCAGCUAUCUGCUCCAGAGGCAGAGCGGCGUAGGCUUCGACGUUCUCUACGACGCGAGUCGACGCGGUCGCAACGGAGAGGAUUGCAGGACCGUCUUCAUGGACUGCAACGCCGUAUGAGGAAGCCUCGUUCCGAUUCGCUGACCACGAUUUAGCACCGCGGGACCUGAACAACUCCGGAUCAAUUGCUCCGUAACUUCAACAUGGAAUUUCUAGCAAUUCUUCUCUAGAACUUUCCUAUUUCAUUGAAAAGUCGACGCCUGAGUUGUUCAAGAUCCCGAGGCCUAGAUCGCACCCUAGAACGGCGAACAUUAGCUUUAGACAUAGACGUGGAACAUGCGCAAUGGACGUGUCUGAAACUAGACUGGCGGGAAUCUUGGUGACACUUUUCUCGCAAGCUCUCGAUCGACGUACUCGGUUCAUCGAGCGACAGACUGACUCGGUUGUCUUCCAGAAACAUAGCAUUAUUAAUCGAUCGAUUUCGGCGGAUCCUUUUGGGACAACAGAACGCUAAAAUUUGCCAGGAAUCCUUGGCGUACGAUGGGAAUUUUUCGGAUUCUCCGCGGACGCUCGGGAUUCGUGCAUGAAAAUGAAGUUCGCGAGAGAGGAGAGAAGAGUCCAUGAACAAAUGUCGCGCGCAGGCCUGACACGAACAGGCCUCGACGACGAUCACGUUAUUUAUUUAUAUUUAUUAAAUUAUAUUAAACGUAGUGGUAGCGUUUAUUCGGGGCUCAAUUGGCUGCGAUGCGAACGGGGAUCGCAGCUUCGGCGUGAUCUGGUGUUCCUUGGCGAGCACGUAGAAUCUAAAUUGGUGAUAACUAGACUGCGCAUCUUUAUGCAAAAUAAUAUCUCAGCAAACGUACCUACAAAAACUGAACUUAAAGAGGAAUUUAUUUUACCCUGGCAAUAUUAUAAUAUGAACUUUACUUUCAAUAUUUUGUAAUAACAUUGCAUACUGUACGCAUUUUCUAAUUUCACAUUCAAAUUUCCUAUAAAUGCAUAAAAAUCUGCAGUCUAAUGAUAUGAUGCGUAUGGGUAUCAAAAUGUUUUUGAUUUGACUGUAUAAGAAGUAUGACAGAUUAAACUGAGAGAUUAGUGGCUACUUGUACUCUCGAGAGUUGCUGCUCCUAUUGGAACGUCUUCUGAAAGUCCUCUCUUGUUACGUUGCUCAUCUAGUCUUCAAUCUCCCCAACUGUGUAAAAUCUCUGAACGUCGAGCUCUCUUUCUAGCGAAGACGAACAAAUUACAUAUGGCCAAAAUAGAAGAAUGGGGAGUUGGCACAGUUGAGAAGAUUCUCUAAGAGACGAGGAUUAUGCUGAAACAGGACUUUCAAAAAUUGUUCUAACAACGGCAGACUUCCAAGAAGACUACUUUAAGGGAAACCACUGGAAUCUCGAAUUAAUUUAUCACUUACAUUAUAGCCAAUUCAGAAACCUUUGGAUAUCCUUACGCAUCGCUAUACUGUUGCAAUGUGCGUUAUAUUCGAGGCUAAAUCCUGCGGACCCUAAUUUCUUCGACUCGCGUUUCCUUACCAGUGAGCGACGAGCGCAUCGCGCCAAUCGGAGUCCACCUUCACGUAUUUAAUCCCUAGUUUCAUCGCGGUCGCGAGACACAUUUUUCAUGAAAGGGGAGGAAGACGAGCUUAGUACUGCCGGAACUAUCGAGGUUUGGUAAUGUCGACGUGCCGUGGGCGAAGUUCGUUGUGCCUCUUUCAGAUCAAUCCUCUGACAGUGGUUCAACGAGGGUUGCCCUUGAAUGACCCUCCCCCAUAUUCGUACGAGUUAACGCCUCAGGAUAUUAUAAUUCGUCCAGUCCCCCGUUCGAAAUUGGCUACUGUAUAUAGAAUACUAUGUACACACAGGCCAACGGGUGGAGUUUCUUCGCAAUAGGCAGGAUAUAUUUAGAUCGGUUAGCGUAUCAUCUUUGCAGUAAGUUGUAUUUACGCGCGGUACGAUUGUAUUUAAAUCAGGCUAAUAAACGGUCUCGUUGACAAUGAACUUGUGCAUUUCUGUUCCUUUCUAAUCCCCUUUCCGUCCAUGAAAGAAUAUUUCGUACUUUGAAACAGUGCCGCAUUGUGGAGAGCCUUCGCAACUUCCGUCUUAAUACUUUUAGUAGGAUAGAGUUCAUUCUUUUGUAGAAGGGAAGCCUUGAAAAGAGUUUCUAGGGCGAACGAUCUUCAUCGCCUGAGCAAUUAGUGGUUCCUUUGAAGGCUCUAGACAUUGUGCAUAUGUCCGAGCAUAUGUAUAUUAGGUACAAUGGUUACAUCCUUUCUGGAAUUGCAUUAACGUUCAGCAGGAAAUGUGAUUCAAGAGCAACCAUCAUGAGAACCACUCGAGCUUGGAAUCUAACAGGUUUGUAUAUUC